AUGAAUAUCUUGCCCAAGAAGAGAUGGCACGUUCGGACGAAGGACAACGUCGCGAGAGUAAAGAGGGACGAGGCGGCGGCCCGUGAAGAAGAGAAGCAAAAGGUGCAGCGGGCUACCCUUGCUGAACAGGAGGCAAGAAUCAAGCUGUUGCGAGAAAAGGCUCAGUUGAAUCGCAAGUCUCAGGGGAUUGACGUCGAAGUUGCAGAACCUGAACCCGAAGAUGAAGUUUCGGCACACAUUAACUUUUUCGCAGAUGUUGAGAAGGAAAAGCAGACGUUCGGCGCCAACAAAGAUUAUGAGAAGGAUCAGAAACUGAAGAAGGAAGAAGAAGAACGAAAAAUUGGACUUUUGAAGUUCUUAGGUGAAGGUUCGUCCGAAUUCAUGAAAGAAGUUCCUUGGUACCAACAGCCUCCCAAACGCUUUAAAAUAUCCCCCGCUAAAGAAUUAUCUGCUGCGUCAAUGCCCCCGACGAAAUAUGGUGACAAACGUCUCGGAACGGUUCAGAAACAAGACAGAAGCGAAACGAAUAUUGAAAAACUGAGAUUCGAAAGGUUGAAGAGAGAAAAGGCGGAAAGCUUGAAAGCGGAACUUCUUUUGCGGCAAAUACACGGCAUUCCUCUUGUAAAGAAUGAUGAACACCUUGAUUCACAGAGUAAAGAGAAGACAUACAAACAGAAGUAUAAUUCACAGUUUAAUCCCGAUUUGGCAAAACAGAAUCGUACGUAA